CGUAGCAACAGACUUUACGGAGCCAUAUCCAGAAGAUAGGACUUUAAAUCCAUCUGGUGGCAUUGUAGCAGGUAACAAACAGAAAAUGUUGGGAGAAAACGGGACUUUUGUUAGUGAACAGACUGAAAGCACACGGACAUCUUCACAUGAAGAAUGUGAUACCAGGCACUCAGCAAUGCAGCAGGAGGCUGGGAGCCAAUCAAAAAAGCAACUCCCUGCAGACAUGUACUACAAAUAUGAAGAGCUUCACUCCAGACCGUACAUCACACCCGAUUCUGAAAUCCCAGAGAACCUCCUGCAUCUCUCUCACUCCUUUGGCUAUGACUGUGGACGCAGGGCAAACCUGAAGCUGCUGGAUGACAGAACUCUGAUUUUUAUAGCGGGGAACAUGCUCGUCCUGCUCGAUGUGAACACCAAGGAGCAGAGAUACCUGCGCUCCUGCAGUGGAGGGGGAAUUGGAGCAAUCACGGCCCACCCUGGCAAAGAGUACUUUGUUGUAGCAGAGAAGGGAAAACAGCCCAACAUCAUAGUCUAUGAAUAUCCUUCAUUGGGACCUUACCGCAUCCUCAGAGGUGGUACUGAGCGGGAGUACAGUUUUGUGGAGUUUAACCACAAAGGAAGCAUACUGGCCAGUGUGGGGAGUGAACCUGACUACACGCUGACACUGUGGGACUGGAGGCAGGAGGAGGUGAUACUGAGCUGCAAGGCCAUUUCACAGGAGGUCUAUCGAGUCAGCUUUUCCCCAUAUAACCCAGGAAUCCUCACAACGUCUGGAUUUGGGCACAUCAAGUUUUGGAAAAUGGCAAACACAUUCACAGGUCCUAAAUUACAAGGACUUAUAGGACAUUUUGGGAAAACUGUACCAACUGAUAUCGAGGGCUACGUGGAACUUCCUGAUGGAAAGGUGUUGUCAGGAACAGAUUGGGGCAAUUUGCUGGUGUGGGAUGGGAACACCAUCAAGGUGGAGAUUUGCCGUAAUGAUGGCCGGACCUGUCAUGCAGGGACGGUCCAGCCGUUUUCCCUAGAAGAUGGACAGCUGAUGACGAUUGGCUCUGAUGGUGUUGUCAGGGUUUGGGACUUUGAGAGGAUCAACACAGCUGACAGUAACAGCGACGGCAGUAGAUUUGAGAUGGAGCCUAAUAAUGAGCUGGUGGUCGGACGCAAUGUGUGCCUCUCCUCUGUGGUGAGGGGGAGCUCCCUGCCUCACUCCUUCGUUUGGUUUGCCCAGGAUUCUAAUGGAGCCAUCUGGAAACUGGACCUUUCAUUCACCAACACAAGUCCUGAUCCAGAGUGCCUGUUUUCGUUCCAUGGUGGGAUGAUUCAAGGCCUGGACGUAUCAAAGAAAUCCCACCUGAUGGCAACAACCACUCUGGACUGCUCUGUCAAAGUUUUUGACUUCCUGGCAAAACGAGAACUGACCACCAGACGCUUUAAUCAGGGAGGAACUGCUCUAUGCUGGGCUCCAGCUAAGGUGAGCCAGAGUGGAGGUUUACUGGUGACCGGCUUUGAGAAUGGAGUAGUACGCUUGCUGGAGCUGUACAACCCUCAGAGGCUUCAAACUAUCACAGGACAGAGCCCCGAAGGAGAUGCCGAGCUGCGCCUUAGACAGCCCUUCAAACCACAUGAUGCUGCUGUUACAGCUGUGGCAUAUGAACGAAAUGGAGAGAUCCUGGCCACAGGGAGUGCUGACUGCACUGUGUUCUUCUUCACUGUUGGAGAGAACUACAACCCCAUCGGUUUUAUCCACGUCCCUGGGCCGGUACAGGCGCUGGAGUGGUCACCGCAUUCUCACAACGAUAACAAUCUGGUCAUCCUGUGUCAGAGCGGUCAUGUGGUUGAGGUGCACAGUCCUGAUCUGGCAACUCAGAAACCAACCAACACCUUUCAUCUGUCGGAGCUGCCCAGAAGAUCCUUCAAGUUUAAAAGCAUCAAGUCUCGAAUCAAG